AAUGACCUAUUUUUGCAUAAGUUGUGUCUAGUCGUUGUGCAUGUCGUGAGCAUUCUGCUGUAAAUCUCCAGUUUUCUAAAAUUUAAAAAAAAAAAUGUAUUACAUUCCAAGAGGCGGGAACAGAGGAGGAGCUGACCAGUUUACGUGGAGUAGCGUAAAAACAGACAAAGACCGGGAGUAUUACUUGGGUCACUCCUUGAAGGCACCGGUGGGGCGCUGGCAGGAAGGGCGUGAUCUUCAGUGGUUCAAUAAACUUAGAACAGAUGGUGAAAGUGUAUCUGAUGAACGGGCGGCUGUCAGGCAAGCUGAGAAAGAAGCAAUGAUGGCUGCUCUCGGACAAAAAGUCAGCAAAAGUCCACCAGCAGUAGCGUCAACACAGGUGAAUGCGAGUCAAAUGACACCAGCCCAUUCGAAGAUAUCCAGCGGUGACAGGCCGAAGAAACGAACUAAAAGGUCGCAUGAUGUCAGGAGUAAAAAGAAACGCAAAAAAGAGAAGUCAAAGGAAGCCAAGAAGAAAUCCAGAACUCACAAGCGAGGCUACCGCCGCUCCGAUUCUGACUCUAGCUCCGAGUCCAGUUCAUUUGAUUCAUCAGCAUCUUCUGAUUCAGAAGUAGAGACGCCGAAACAAAGAAAGCACCGCACACGCGACCCCCACGAAGAUACACCACGUAAAAAACGCACCUAUGAGAUGGCAGCGGAUUCAAGAAAACAGAAGUCUACCAAGAUGCCCGGCGAAGAAAUUAAACGACAUGAUUCCUAUGAGAGUGGAAGUACGAGACACAGGGAUAGACCAUCAGACAAACACAGGGAUAGACCAUCAGGCAAACACCGUCACAGACAUACAGAUAGACAUCGAGUGUCCGCUUCACCGUCCAGUCGAAGGCAGACUUCAGACACUGCACGCCACACCAAUCGUUCAAGCAAUUCGACUCAAGACCGCAGGUAGACGGGCAAAAUAUCCAGAACGACAGAGAUGGAUGAUACUGGGAAAUGAACGUGCUUCUCGGUGAAACUCAACCGGCGCGUGAAAAAUCAGAAAGCAAUUUGACAUCACCAUGGCCAGUCCCUUCUUCCGUAACAAAUUAUCUGACUUAUCUUUCGCUAAUGCAAAGUAGACAUAAAGCGAUGCUAUUAUGCAAGCUCUUUGAUCUCCAUAAAAAGCGCCUCAUAAAUACCUGAGAUCGAUUUAAAGCUUGCAUAGUGGACAAAAGAGGUACUGGUCUGUGAUUGGUUUUUAAGAUGUGAUUGUUUUUAAGUUGGCGACGUCAGCGCCACUCCAGUUAAUACUCGGUUACUGUUUACGACUGGAAUAAAUUUUGCAGGAGCUUGUAGAUAUGCACCAUAUAAACAGGUGUGGAUUACUGACUACCAUUUUAACAGUGCUUCCUUUUCGCAUAGACGUCACUAAGGAUAUUUUGAAAAACCUGCAUCCUGUAAGCCUAUUGAAAGAGUUUAUGAACUGAAAUUGUCGGUGAUUGAAAGUUUGGCGCCAAACAAAGUCUUUAUUUUUAAGAUGACGGGAUAAUCGCGUUGCUUUUGCUGAUGUAUACAUUUAUGUUAGUAGGUGCCAUUGCGAAAAUUAAUGUUUAGGACAUGUGCAUUUCUUCAGCCGCUCCGUGAGGUUUUAUUUGUGAACGGCAUUGGCGGAUUUGGGGAUGAGCGCAAACGGAGCGAUGCUCCCAGUCUGCGAAAAGGGUUUUUAGUAAUAGUGUGAAGUGAAGAGAACAACUUUUGUGGCCCUUACUCCCCAUAGCAUGCAUAAAACCCUCAAAUUUAUCCUCACGUCUCACAGGCAAUAAAAAUUGCAUGAAGAAAUCCUCCGAUGAUUUUGUCAGCCCCCAUUCCCCCCCGAACAUUACUUUUGUUUUGGGUCAGCUCCAGAACGACACCUAAUUGCGCAAUAAAAGUGCAACGUACAACCCCCACUGACUUCAUGAAAAAAAGGUUAAGACGAGAAAAAAACUGUUGGCUGCUGGGGUAUUAAAUGGAGAGUUGGUCGGUCAAGAGUCCAUUACAGGGGAAUGAACGUGUUUUUUGCAAGGUUUUCAGGAUUUGACGGGUCGGUUUUCAACUUGUGACUGAUUGGGCAGACCUAAAAAUCGUGCGAAAUUUGGCCGUCAACUAAUUUAAAAAGCCAUUUGAAGCUCACAAGGUUCGCUUUCUCAUCAAAAACGAGUGCACUAAUGCGCAAUACGAGAACCAGCUUUCUACGUAAAGUAUAUUAGACUUACUAUUUAUAUACUGCUGAAAUCAGCAGUGUCCAGAGCCAUUUUUGUACAUGUAUUUGAUUUUUCUUUGAUUGACAGGAAUUUAUCGAGGACCAUGCAAGAGUCUUUACUAUAAAGUCUAAACUCAAGCAUAGUUUUUAAUGCAGCAUCGUCCUCUCUUACGGAGGAAUGGGUAGAAAUGCCGCAGAAAUCGCUUCACUGUACUUUUUACAUAUACACACUGUACCAUCUCAGUAAUUGCGUCCUUGUAGACUUACGCGCAUUUUUUAUUUCUGAAUUGAAUUGGGAUGGUUGAAUGCAAAAUGGCAUUGUACGGAACUAUAAGACAAACGCACAAUAAAAGAUAAUGUUUAAGAAUUCCUCACAAAUUUAUUAAUCACUGAUAAAAAGGCAUGCGAUGUGGUUAAUCGUUGGCACGUAACGUCUGCACCGGGAAUGAAACAUUUACAAGACCGAAUUCUCGCAUUUAAGUUGAGCCUCAAAUACAAAGCAGUGUAGCAAUCUAAACAGUCCAAAGCGAAAUUAUAGUAUUACUGAUGAUACAACUUGAAAUUAUACAGUUGAUUGAAAAAGGGCUCAGACUUUAAGAACUAUCUUUGUUUCUAAAUCAUGCAUGUACAUGUAACCACCACACUCACGAAAUGGCAUGAAAAACUACUUCCGAGUAAGACAAACAGGAGUAUAAGACGCAGGAGAUUAUCUAAUAUGUAAAAUGUGCACUCGUAGAGUACAUCGAAUAAGCUAACAUUUCACUGUGAGCAUCUGAUAAACAGAAUCAGAAUGAUUUGAAGAAGGAAAUCCAAUUAAAACAAAAGAGGAGCUAGUUAUGACAAUCCUGUUUUCGUUCAGUUGA